UGAUGUCUAACUGAAUAUGUCAGGGAAUGACAGAUUAAGCCACAAAACCCACCAGCUGCAAGAAGACGAUUGAGAAAAGGAGCUGUAUCUCAGAGUGACCUCAGCUCACCCACUCACCGCGUCCUCUCAAUCCUGGUUAUCAAAUCCACUCAGUGUCAUCAUUUUCCACAAGGCGGAAGUAAAAAAAAUGGAAAAAAAAGAGAGAAGAAGAUGGGGAUGAGGAGGUUAAGUGUCUGGUGAAGUAAAGAGAGAGUGAGAGGAAGACGCUCAGACAGGAUGGCGGAGAGAAACAGAGCAAUGAUCAUGUUUUUUCUGCUCUGUGUCAUUGCAGUAGCAGCAGAAGGCUACACUCUGGACGUGUGUGCCUCCUGCCACGCUAACGCCACAUGUGACGACAAGUCAGACGGCUCUGGCAAAGUUUGUAACUGCAAGUACGGGUUUGUUGGAAAUGGGAGAACCUUCUGUCAAGAUAAAGAUGAGUGUCAGAUAGGAGCCAGUAAGAUCUGUGGGCAACACACCACCUGCCACAACACAUAUGGCAGCUACUACUGUACCUGCCUGGCUGGCUACAGCCCUUCUAACAACAUGGCCAUCUUCAUCCCGAAUGAUGGAACCCACUGCCAGGACAUUGAUGAGUGCAGGAUCACAGGCCUGUGCGGAGAGGGAGGUCAGUGCAGGAAUCUUGAGGGCAGUUUUGACUGCAGCUGCCAGCUGGGAUAUCAAGUCCACAACGGAGCGGAGCCCUUCCAUCCUCACAGAGACAAAGCUUCCUGCAAAGUGGUUGACUGUGGCUCGCCUGCCUCAGUGGAAGACACAGUGCUGCUGUCAUUCACAGGGACCACAUACAGCAGUGUGGCCAUGUUUGUCUGUGACAAAGGCUUUGUGUGGAGGAGGGGAGACAACCACUCUAUGUGUGGAGCUGAUGGACUGUGGAGAGGACCCACCAUGGUCUGUGAAGAGGUUGACUGUGGCCCUCCCCCUACCCUCCCUCACUCUCACAUGCUGUGGAAUAAGAGGUCAAGCAUGGGCACCGAGGUGCUUUAUCAGUGUAACUCUGGAUAUCAUAAUGUUGGAAAGGGCAAUGUAUCCAUCUGUACUGCUGCCGGACAGUGGGAGAGGCCGUCCGUGCUCUGUCAAGAGACCUUGUGUGGAAGUCCCCCUAUAAUUGAAUCCACUGAGCAGGUGUGGGACAAUAAUUCAACUCCUGGCAGCACUGUGCUCUAUGUUUGUAAAGAAGGCUUUUAUAAGCAAGGAGGAGAUAAUGUAUCAAUCUGUAAUGAAAACGCUCAGUGGACCCUCCCAACUCUGUUGUGCCAAGAGAUAUUAUGUGGGGAUCCUCCUAUACUGCCCCAUACUGGGCAAGUGUGGAAUGGCAGCUCCACCCCUGGAAGCACAGUGACCUACUACUGUAAAAUAGGAUUUUAUCACAAUGAAGGAAAUAACAUAUCAUUGUGCACAGUUAAUGGUUACUGGACAAAACCAAACAUCUCCUGCAAAGAGGUUCACUGUGGUGUGCCCCAACCCAUCCCACAUUCAAUCAUGCUGUGGGAUAAAAUCUCCACUGUGGGCUCUCAGGUUGUUUAUCAGUGUAACUCUGGAUAUCGCAGUGUUGGAGAAGGAAAUGUAUCAGUUUGUACUGCCAGUGGAGAAUGGGAUGAAGCCUCUCUGCUCUGUCAAGAAAUCAAUUGUCAAGAACCUGUUUUUAAACCUCAUGCUAAAAUGCUUUGGGACGGCACAUCACACAUUGGCAGUGUGGUGUAUUACCAAUGUGAGGAAGGAUAUGACACCAGGAGCCUGAGAAACUACUCAGUAUGUGAAGAGAAUGGACUGUGGGAGGAUAUUGAUCUAUGGUGUGAAGAAAUAAGCUGUGGCCCCCCACUAACCCUCCCCGAUACUAACCUCCUGUGGGAUCGCACCAGUAGACCGGGCAGUGUGGUGCUGUAUGAGUGCGUGGAUGGAUUUUACCAGGAGAGUGGAAAUAAUAUUUCAACAUGUUUACUAUCAGGACAGUGGGGGGAAGUAUCUGUAAAGUGCAAAGCCAAAUGUGGUCCGGUUCCCCUCCUUGCCAAAUCCGAGGUGGUGUGGCAUAACAGGAGUGUUGUGAUCCACCGCUGUGUGGAUGGAUAUCACAGCUGGAGAGGCAGCAACGUCUCUGUGUGCAGCAGCUCUGGGGUGUGGCAGAGAGCUACACUGAGAUGCAUAGAAAUAAGCUGUGGCCCCCCACAAACCCUCCCCGAUACUAACCUCCUGUGGGAUCGCACCAGUAGACCGGGCAGUGUGGUGCUGUAUGAGUGCAUGGAUGGAUUUUACCAGGAGAGUGGAAAUAAUAUUUCAACAUGUUUAAUAUCAGGACAGUGGGGGAAAGUAUCUGUGAAAUGCAAAGCCAAAUGUGGUCCGGUUCCCCUUCUUGCCAAAUCCGAGGUGGUGUGGCAUAACAGGAGUGUUGUGAUCCACCGCUGUGUGGAUGGAUAUCACAGCUGGAGAGGCAGCAACGUCUCUGUGUGCGGCAGCUCUGGGGUGUGGCAGAGAGCUACACUGAGAUGCAUAGCCAAAUGUGGUCCGGUUCCCCGCCUUGCCAAAUCCGAGGUGGUAUGGCAUAACAGGAGUGUUGUGAUCCACCGCUGUGCGGAUGGAUAUCACAGCUGGAGAGGCAGCAACGUCUCCGUGUGCAGCAGCUCUGGGUUGUGGCAGAGAGCUACACUGAGAUGCAUAGAAAUCAAGCCAGCUGUCAAUCACUUAUUUGUCCUCAAUGAAAAAUGUCUGCACUGGAGAGCAGAGAAGUAUGAGGAGGAUACAGAAAUAUACAAGGUGACAUACAUAGGAUCCAGAGACUACCAGAGGUCCUUUCAUGACAGAAGGAAGCAGGUUCUGAGCUCUAAGGCUGAACAGCUGGAACUCUGUCUGAACCUGCUUCCAGUCACAAACUACAGCAUCUCCAUCACUGCGGUGUCUUCCAGAUUCACAGCCACCAUCACCACUAACACCAGUUUGCCAGUGCCCACAGCACCAGUUGUCCACUACAGAGAAUUUACGACUCCUAUACCAACUUUGAGGCUACGCAGAUCACCCAACACACUGGACCCAAUAAGUUUGUACCAGGUGUUUGUGCUUCCUGUAGAGGGGAUUAUGAUGUUUGACUGUUCCUCUCCUGCGAGCUCAGACCCCUCAGGCAAAAUAAAGUCCUCCACAGAGUACAUCACUGCCCAGAUAGAUGUCACACAUGUCGGCACAGAGAUGAACUUUACUGUCGGGGAUGGACUCUACUAUGGAGGCUUCUUUAAUGCACCACUGGAGAAUGGCAGGAACUAUUACAUCACCUUACGAGCCGUCAGUCAGUGGAAAUCGGUACAUCCUAUGUUCUGAUGGUUUCAUCUCUGUCUGCUGCUGCAACAAUAGGACUGGUUGGCUUCAUCAUUUUGGUUGGAUACAGUUUCACCUGGUAUAGAAGAUGAUACAAUUCAGCAUAUUACCCACCCUGUUAAUAUCAUUUUACGCGUAAAACAACGCUAUAUUAAUUCAAUCAAGUGUCUAAAGUGAUUCUAGUGUUUCUGGAAUUUUCAAAGAUGAAAUACAUACAUUUCAGUGGAUGAUUCACUUUUUAUAGUAUUGUUAUGUUUUAUUGAACCAUUUAUUACAACAUAAUAGUUGUUCAUUGUAACCACAACUUGCCAAUUAAAUAUUCCUUUUAGUUA